AUGUGGCCGCUUCAUUCUCCUAUGCUUAUUUCACUCCUCUGCUUCUUUCUCACAUUAAGACUGGCCAGCUCCUCGUCAUCCUCUCAGCUCCCCUCUGCCGAUGUUCUCUACUGGCCCGUCACAGCUUCUGAACCUUCUUUGUUGGCCCAGAUAUCUUAUAAUUCGACAUCUCUUAAAUCAGACUUGACCUCUUAUUCGCCUCCGAGCGCUGUUGACGCACAAGCAUCGGAACUUGUUCGUAUCGGUUUGUUUGCAAGCACCGUUUCAGGUUCUAAGCACUGGGUCGGGAUUGUUACUUCCCGGUCUUCGCUUCUGGGAACCGAGGACUACCGCCCAACCCUUCGACUUCAUGUUGGGCUUUCUCAUAAAGAUGAAGUUUAUCAUGUUACUUUGAUCCCCUCUACCUCAUUUGCGGCUUCGUCAACUCUGGUUCGCCCUCAACUGGAACUGAUCCUGAACGAGGCUGGUCCGCGCCCGCACUUGAAUCAACCGGUCGUCGUUGGACCAGACGGUAAGAACGCGGACCAGAUCAUUGAGAAGACUUUCUUCCAGAAGUACUGGUGGGUCUUUCUCAUCGUCGCAUUUCUGGCCAUGUCUGGCGGAGGGGAAGCGCAGUAG